AUGACGACGCGCUCGCCGUCAAAUUCCUCAGGCCAGAGCCUCUAUAUCAAAUCCAGCGUUACGGAAAAAGACACAUCUGUCCGAGAGAGAGGAAGAGCCAAGAUCUGGCGCAAGUGGGGUCACAUUUCAGGGGCAGUCGAUUUACAUUUUGAAAAUGUAUGGGACCUCAUCAACCCACACCUAAAGUAUCAAAGAUGGCAGAUGAGGGCAUUUUUGGCGACGUGUCAAGUCAAAACAGGAGACUCUUUCAAUUAUGAGCCACUGCCUCCCAGAGAACAAGCAACGUUUCGUCUCUUGACGAUUCUUCCUGGAGAGGAUCUUGAAGAGAUACACUGCCAGCUUACUGUUGCCCUUAUCCAUAAUGCCCAAUACGAAGCUCUUUCAUACUGUUGGGGGAAUGACAAAGGCUUGCCUGCAAUUAUUUGUAAUGGUGCGCGAAUGAACGUCAGUCGUAGCUUGAAGCGAGCUUUAAAAGACCUUCGUUAUACAGAUCGCCCGAGAAUUUUAUGGGCAGAUGCUGUCUGUAUCAAUCAAGGGGAUCUUUUAGAGAAGGAAAGUCAAGUGAACCUGAUGGGAGACAUUUACCGACAUGCACAACGUACCAUAAUACACAUGCACAUGACUAUUGAUACAAUGAGCGUUGGGAGGUUCUUCCCCGUGUUACAGGAGCUACACCGUCUGUAUCAAUGCCUUUUGGCUGGGGAGAUAGAUCUGGUCACAAUCGUUGACGCGGAUGAACUGACGCCCAAGGGGUUGGAUGUUGCUUCAGAGUUCCAACUGACAAUCUCGCAGGAGGUCGCGCUAGCUCAAAACGUUUCAGUAUCCUAUAAUGGGCACGAAUUUGAAUGGGACUUAUUCAAGGAAGCCAUUGUGAUGAAAUCAGUCAUUUUACUUGAAGAAAAAAAAGCAAAAUUGCCUACUUCUUUGUACGAUGUGUUCGUACUUCAGUUAAUUGCAAUGCGGGAGAAUUUCCAAAAAGAAUCGGCUGCCCAACAUUUUGAUCUAUUGAGCCUUCUGCACUACACACGCGUCUUCAACUCUACAAAUCCCCUAGAUAAGGUUUACGGAAUAUUAGGUUUGACUAAUUCCGACCUAGGGUCAAUGAAUCUGAGGCCCAACUAUACUCGCCGUCCUGAAGACCUUUAUGUCGAUGUCGCUCUGGAGGUAUUGAAAACAUCCCCCAGCCUUGAUAUCCUGUCGAUUACAGUUCACCCUCAAGCCACAGCUAGCAUUGAUAACUAUCCACUUCCAUCAUGGGUUCCCGACUGGAGCAACUCUUUAUACUACCCACGCUCGCUAGUCUUUCGCAAAACAAAAAGAAGUGUCUAUGAAUUCCCGCCGUAUAAUGCCUCAAAGGAUUAUGUGUACAGUUUCAGUCUCCCACCUGGCAAUUUCCGUGAAAGGCUGCUAGUCCGAGGCUGCUUCCUUGAUACAAUUUCGGAGCUGACUACGAUAUUUCGCCCGACAUGGAAUAUAGCCGACGAUUAUGGCGAUCACAAAAUACGGAGGCAUUCUAAUAUCCUAAAGCUUCCAUACGAGCUGGGUGCUUUAUUCUUCACAACCGUUGCUCGUGGAACGAGAGAAGGGAUUGAAAAGAAAAAACUGCGAGACUUUUUCAAAAAUAUUUCGGGCGAGCGGAGUACUUACAGCCCCACAAAUGAGCCAAUUCAACUUGCUCAGAUGCGGACUUUAUGCUCCGGCAGUUUACCAUUCGACGAUGAGACCAGAUCUCUCAUAGCAUUCAAAAACUGGUUGAAGACCGACUUCGGAAUAGAACACGACAUUCGAUACGAGCUGGCGGAGGUCGGUCUCCAUGUUCCUUAUUCAGGUAUGCGUCCAGAUGUCUUGUUUGAAGAGCUGUGUUGUAUGGUACUGGGUCGACGGUUACUAUGGACUCAAAGCGGGUAUCUCGGCCUCGCACCACCAGGCGCUAAGAAGAGCGACAAUGUUGUGAUUCUUGAGGGCAGCCGCGUGCCCUUUAUAUUGAGAAAGGUUGAUGGUGGAUUUUGGAAGGUUAUUGGCGAAUGCUAUAUUCACGGGAUCAUGUAUGGCGAGGCCUUCGAUAGUCAAAAAUGCAUGAAGAUCAUUCUUGUUUGA